GCGAGCGAGCGAACGAACGAGCGAGCACCGAGGCGCAUUCCCUCUGCCAGGAGAAGCCCUGGAGCAGCUCGCCGGACUCCAGGGAGCGCUGUGUCGCCGCCCGCCGAGGGAGGGGAGCCGCAGGAGGAGAAGGCGGCAGCCCACCAGGCGCAUCUGGACACGGGAGCCGAGGGCGCAGCCUGCCUCGGUGCGGCUGAUGGGCGCACUCCGGCCAGCAGCAGCCAGACACAGCCCCAGCUCCGAGCUCCAAGGUGGACUGCAUUUCUUUUUAUGAAGCUUCACUAAUGGCUUGACAUUGGCAAAUUAAACAGAAUUCUCAUCAUGGAGAAUACAGAUGAUAACUGGGCAUCAAAAGCAGAGGAUAAAGAUCCACCCCAAAGUCCCUAUUCUGUUGAAACCCCCUACGGUUUCCAUUUAGAUCUUGACUUCCUGAAGUAUGUCGAUGACAUUGAAAAGGGAAAUACUAUCAAGAGAAUUCCAGUCCGCCGGAAAACUAAGCACCCCAAAUUUAGCACCCUGCCUCGGAACUUUAGCCUUCCAGAAAAUGGAUCCAAUGUCUAUUCGUCCUCCUUAAACAAGAGUUUCCUUACACAGAGAAAGACCUCCUUAGAUGCAGAGGGGAGCAGAUCCCUGGUCACACCCAUUGACACGUCUUCACAUUCAACUCUUCCCCAAGGACCGAGCUACAGAAAGAAAGCCCUGCUAAUAGAGACUGUCAGACAAGAUCCUCUUCCCCUUGAAGAGGAGACUGCCAAUUGUAAAGGAAGGCCUCAGCUUCUAAGGGCAUCCAGCAUGCCUGCCAAACUUCUACCAAUUCCAAAUUUAGAAGAAGAAACUCACCAGGCAGCUUUUCUGCCUUCGGGAUUUCUUCGGUCUUCCAAUGGAAAUGGUUUAGAGCUUGAUUUUAGCCCUGCAAAAAAGCCAUCCGAGUUAAUUAGUUCCAAAAGAUCUCCCUUAACCCCUCAUGAAAAUCUAACGGAUAUGAAAGAGCAAACCAAUAAAGCCAUCCAGGAUUCUGAGAAAAGUCCAGGAUUACGGAGAGAAGCUCAGCUUCUGUUAGACCAGCAAAAAACAGAGCUUCCUAAGGAAAUAACACAACCCAGUGAUUCACAGCAAAGCCAACCCCUAAUUUCUCAGAAAUUCCUUGAGGUGGUCAAGAGUGGAGAAGAAUGUCAUGAGUCACAGAUAUAUCCAUCAUUAGUUCAGAGUGGUUUGGCCCCUACCGGUACCUCAGAAAAUAUGUCUGUAAAGCAAUCCCAGGAAGAAAUAGAACUUAACAUAUGUGAGACUGUUACAGAAGAAGCAGAGGAAGAGGAUGAAAUGACAGGUUUUAGCACUAGAGAAGUGGGGGAAAAUAUAGAACUCGAGCCCUUCCUUCUUAAAGGUCCCAGCAAUAUAAGAGCGUUACAGCAGCAUAUUGCAAUUUUGGAGAAGCAGCUGAAUCACAAAACAGAAGAACUCGAGCAGAUCCGGAUGGUUUUGAAGCAACAGGAUCAAGAAAUCAAAGCAAAAGAGAGAAGCAUUGAAUUGCUAGCAAGUUCUAAAGCCCAGCUGGAAGAGAAACUCUGUGGGGAAAACAUCAAAGAAAUUAAGCCAGGCGUGCAGGCCAGAAAUGCCCCCCAAUACUUCGAUGUUGCUGUGAAUACCGAACAUGUACAUGAAAAGGUGAUGCAUGAAAAAGAGAUUUCUGUAAGCAUCAAGGAGCUUGUGGAACCUCUAGGAGGUGAUACUUACGAGGCUGACGAUAAAAAUGUGGAAAUAUGUAAUGUGCUACUCGGUGCUGAGAUAUCAGGUGUUAUUGCUGAUGAUGGAGGAAGAGAUGAGCCUACUUUGCAGAGAAAUGAGGAAGGAGAGAGAAUUGUUCAGGAAAGUGAUUGCUCUAUUGUUGAACCAAGCUAUGAUGAGCUACAUGUUGGUAAUGAAAACAAGACAGAAAGAAACCCUUUGACCCUCUUUGUUCCUGGGGGAGAAAAUGAUUCUGCUCCCAAGACCGCUGACAUAAAAUCCAAAGGAAUGCAAAUCAUUUUUCAAGAAGAUGCUCAGCGAGAACAGGAGGAGCAGAAUCACCAAGAAGCAAAGGAAUCACCUACAGAUCCCAUUGUGGGCCAAUACAUUAAAAAAAUCCAGGAUCUCUUACAAGAGCAGUGGCUGUGCCUAGAACAUGGGUAUCCCGAGCUAGCCAGUGCAAUAAAGCAUCCUGCCUCAAAGCUCAGUUCGAUCCAGAAUCAACUUGUUAAUUCUCUGAAUUUGCUGCUCUCUGCCUACUCAGCACAGACACCAACAGACCAAGAGAAUUCCAACACACAGUAUCAACAGUUGGAAAUCUCUCCAAGUACAAGUCUGAAAUCUAUUAUGAAAAAGAAAGAAGCUGGUUUCCACGAAGGAAGUAAUGGCACCAAAAAGAACCUUCAGUUUGUUGGGGUAAAUGGUGGUUAUGAAACCACGUCCAGCGAAGAUUCUAGCUGUGAAGAAAACUCCUCUGAAGGUGAUUCAGAUAAUGAGAUGGACAGAAAACAUGGGAACGAGGAGCAAAGUUGGGGGGAAGAGGUCAAAGAAGAUGAACAAUCAACAUCUGCAACUCCUCCAAGUGCAAAGAAGGACCGCGAUCCAGGAAAACUAGAGGAAACCACACAAUCAACAAUGCAAGAUAAAGCUGAGAGAUUUAGACCCUCGGGAGAUUUUCUCAAAGGGUGCCAGAUCUUAAGCAAAAACUUGUCAGAAAUAAGGACCACAAAGGACAAAUUCCUGAGGCAUGUGUUGAGCACUGUGUGUCAGGAGUGGUUUCGAAUCUCAAGCAGGAAAUCUUCGUCCUCUGGAAUUGUUGCAGCUUACCUCCAGGAGAUUGAGGCGGUUCAUCCCCACCUACAGAGUGUCAUUGUCAAUUUAGCCGAUGGAAAUGGCAACACAGCCCUUCAUUACAGCGUUUCUCAUUCAAACUUUUGGAUUGUGAAGCUUCUUUUAGAGACAGGUGUUUGUGAUGUGGAUUAUCAAAAUAAAGCUGGGUAUACAGCAGUAAUGAUCACUCCACUUGCAUCAGCAGAGACGGAGGAAGAAAUGGAAGUAGUCAAGAAGCUCUUGCAAGAAGGCAAUGUCAAUAUAAGGGCUAGCCAGGGUGGACAGACUGCCUUAAUUUUGGGAGUGAGCCAUGAUAGAGAAGAUAUGGUGAAAGCAUUGCUGUCAUGCAAUGCUGAUAUAAAUCUUCAGGAUGAGGAUGGCCUAUCACCAUUAAUGGUGGCUUCUCAACAUGGUAAUUUGGAGAUGGUGAAACUUCUUUUAUCUCAUUCAGGCUGUGAUCCUGCAUUAGUGGACAAGGCUGGCAAUUCUGCUUUGUCCCUGGCUUUGAAAUCUUCCCACAUGGAAAUUGUAGAGUUCCUACGGACCCACAUACAUCAUACCCAAUCUCUGAAUACAUAAAAGGAAAUGGGAAAAACUGUAUCUGAUUGAAUGAGAAAUUCAUAACAAAAGACUUAUUGUAUUAGCCAACUCUGUAACCACUUUAUAUGCCAAUGAUUUAGCUGAUAACCACUGAUAUACCUAUUUACGAAAAAAGGGAAUUAUGCCAAUUAUUUGCAUACAUUCCUCAUAAAUGAAUCACUCUCCUGAGCUGUUUUAGUCCUGACCUACGACCACUGCAACAAAUGAGACUUAGAUUAUUGCAUUGCCUUUGUAUUAACAACUAUUCUCCCCCCCCCCGAAAUUAUUGCCUUCUUAAGGGGGAGAUUUCAGCCUAUUUUUUAUUUUUCAAAAUGCCUGUGAAAAACAUUAAGAAACUACCUUUGAAAAGCAUUAAGAAUUUAUUUGUUGACAUACGUCUUCAGUUGCCUAGAAUGAUGGCAUCCCAUUUAUAAGGAUGAAGUGCUUCCAAAUAUUUUAUGAACACACCAAAGCUAUUCAGUGGAGAUAUUGGUAAAGACCGUAUAUUUGGAUAAUCUGAUCCUAGAUCAGUUUAUAUGAAUUAUCAGGGUACCAUGACCAAAUAAAGCAGAUAAGCUAGUUGUAGAACUAGUGGUGGCGCAGUGGUUAGAAUACAGUAAUGCAGGCUACUUCUGCUGACUGCUGACUGUCUGCAAUUUGGCAGAUCGAAUCUCACCAGGUUCAAGGUUGACUCAGCCUUCCAUCCUUCUGAGGUGGUUAAAAUGAGGACCCAAAUUGUUGGGGACAAUGUGCUGACUUUAUAAACCGCUUAGAGAAGGCUGUAAAAGCACUGUGUAGCGGUAUAUAAGUUUAAGUGCUGUUAUUGCUAUUGCUAUAGUCUCCCUGAAAGGUCACUCCUCUUGAUUCUUUUAUUGGCUUCGGCUUGAUGCUACCAGAGUUUACUUAAUUCCAUAAACCAAUUCAUUGUUGUAGAAGGGAAUCAGUUAAGUGCCAGAUCUUGUUCUCGCUAGAGAAGGAACUACUUAAGGAAAUCAUUUGGGCCUGAUCCCACUGAGGAUCCAUAUUAGUAUAAAUGGCAUUGACAUUCUUAGGCCUGAGAAUCACUAGAUCAGAGAUCCCCAAAUCCUGGGUCGUGGCCCGUUUUGAAACUAGGCUGUGCAAGUGGCGGAUGAGAGCAUAUGCACGUGAGACUCCAUUUGUGUGAGCGGCGCAUGUGCUCUCACCUAUCGCUUGCAUGGAACCAUUGUCUUUUCCGCCUCCCCCACUGCUGCCACCAUCACUGCUGGUCCACAAAGCCAGAAAAGUUUGGGACUGCUGACCUAGAUGUCAUGAGACACUAUCGUUUAGAAAGCUUCUCUAGUGUCCCCAUUUUGUACAAAUGUCUCACAAGAAACCUAUUGGGAGUGCUGUGGAUCUAGCGGUGAGAUUUAGCCCUUCCUUCUCUUCUGUAUUCUGUAUUCCUACCUUUAUUUAUUUAUUAUUUUUAUUUUAUUAUUCAUAUUUCUAUGCUGCCCACUCUCCGAGGACUCUGGGCAGCUUACACAAAGACAGUAUACUAAAUAGCAUAUUGCCCCCAACAAUCUGGGUCCUCAUUUUACCCACCUCGGAAGGAUGGAAGGCUGAGUCAACCUUGAGCCGGUGAGAUUUGAUCCACUGAUCUGCUGAACUAGCAGUCAGCUGAAGUAGCUGCAGUACUGCACUCUAAUCACUGCACCACCUCGGCUCAUUUACAGAGGAUAAUGUGAAAUUUGAUCUGUUCUUUGCCAGCUUUACCAGAAAUCAUUAGCUAUUAGCAUGCUAAUCCUAUGCUCUCCUGCUAUGCUUUUCUUCCCGUACUAAUAUCUAAUGAUUUCUGGUAAGGGUGGUAAAGAACAGAUCAAAUUUCACAUUAUCCACUGCACAGCUAGGCAUAACCAGGCAGAUAAAUACGAAGACAUGGAAUUAAAAUGUAGACCUCAUAGUGAGUUCCUACAGACCCAGAAAAAUCAAUUUAUUGAAUUAGCUGAGAAUAGUGACUCUGCUUUUAAAAUGAAUGUCUAGUAUUUUGCUCCUAUGGCAGAUGAUGUUUCCAAUGUAGCUAUAAGCACAGUAGUAAAGCAAUACUUAUAAAAUAGAUAGUGCAUGCUAUUUUUUAACCAGCUGUUUCAAAACAAAAUUCAGUCAAUUUGUAAGUUGUACUAUUUAUUAGUAUUGAUUUUGGUAGGUAUCAGUGAUCAGUGCUUUCUUAGCACGCAGUAAAUAUAGAUUAAGAUAUCCUUUACAUACUAAUCCAAUUGACUUGACAUAUAUGACUGUAAGAACAAGUAUUCAAAGCUCAGUAUAUCAAACAGGGCCUGGAAGGAAGUAGAUUCAAAUCUACUAUUAACCUCACAGCAGUGUCAAACUGGCGGCCCAUGGGCUGGAUACAUCACGCACAGGGCACCCCCACAACAGCUCUGCAAAGGGAAAAAAGGUUGCGAUACAUGAUGCCGCAAGUUUGGCACCCAUGCUCUAGGGCAGUGAUGGCUAACCUUUUUGCAAUUGCUUGCCAAAAGUGUGGGGAGCGUGGGGAGGGGUGGUGCAUGUGCAUGCCCAUACCCAUAAUUCAAUGCGCCCUGCCCCCACGCAUGCACGCAUGACCCCCAUGCUCCCCCUGCUUUUGACACAUAAUGGGCCCGGUAGGCCCGUUUUUCACUCUCCCCAGACUCCAGAGGCUUUCUUGGAACCUGGGGAGGGUGAAAACAGCCUUCCCCACCCCCUGGAGGCCCUCUGGAGGCCGGAAGUGGCCUGUUUUCCGACUUCUGGUGGGACUGGAAAUUAGCUGGCUGGCGUGCGCAUGCGCGCUGGAGCUGAAAUAGGCAACCCUCAUGUGCCCACAGAUAUGGCUCCGUGUGCCACCUGUGGCACACAUGCCAUAGGUUCACCAUCACGGCUCUAGGGGAUCACCAGGUCAAUGAUUCCAAAUGAUUUAACCAAAAUGAAAAUAAAUGCUUCUUCUAAAUUAGGGAAUUAAUAUUAAAAAAACAAAUAGGAAGAAAAAGGAGUGAAGUUGUGUACAAACUCUAGUUUUGACAUUAAAAAGAAACGCACUGGCUCAUUUAAAUCUAAUUGAGCUUAGCUUGUAAUAAAAAUGUAAGUCCGUAUGAAUAGCAAUAGCCUGCCUAUUUUUUAUUUAGAAAAAUACAUGAAUGUAUCCAGUCCAGAUGCACACAUUAUUUCUUAUAUAUUAAAAAGCACAAAGACUUUC